AGCAGACUUGUGAUUAUUGCUCUGCUCCAGAGAUUCAUUCUGAGAGGACCGCUGAGAGAGAAGCAGCUGGGAGCGAACCGUCCUGCUGACUGUUUUUCGACCCGCUCUGGUUGUUGCAUCUCAGUCAAAUGGAGGGAUAUUUGAAAGACUUGCCAGGAUCUAUGAGGACCUCACGGGUGGGUAACCAGUCACCUGAAGGACUCUGGACUCUCUAGUGAACUGGAUUAUUCUGAAUAUACACAUUGGCAUGGAGGAACACUGGACACUCCUUCCACGUCUUUCUGAAAGGCCUGCUGUCUUUGCUGUCACGCUGAAUCAGGCUCAGCAUAGCGGAACAGAUGGGAGCUUACAACCAUACAGCAUACAGUUAAGGGAAACAAAGUAGGCCACGGGGUUGAGUCACAACACACCCAGAGCUCAAGUUUUCCAGGCAUCAGGAAGCAGCCUUGGAUCCCUGGCGUCAUGCAGGCGCCACGACUCUAACCUGAAUCCUGUUCACCACGCACCCUAGAGGAAGUCAAUGAUACUGGCGCAGGAUGGGCUGUGUCAAGUCCAAGAAGAGCCAGUCUUCAGAGAAGGCCACUGGAGGGGAGAAGGUCUACUUGGUGCACGCAGAGAUGGGCUUGAACAACGGCUCACCUGUCAACCCCAUGCUGCUGGAGUACGCCCAGAAACUGUCUGAGGAGAUUGUGGCCCGCGCCGUGCAGCAGUGGGUGGAGGUCGACCGGCGAUACGGAGACAUCCCUUACAUAGAGUGCGACGUACCCUGACCAGAGGUGCCACGACUUGGAUCACAGAGGAGCUUCCCACCUGCUGGAAGCAUGAAUGAACAAGCCUCUGGUAAUUCGUCUCUGACCUACUUGUGGAUUGGAUUAAACGUGGACUGAGCCUGGAGACUGUCCGCCAAAGCGCUCUGAUCCUGCCCACGUUCGCGAUGAUCACCAUGAAUUCUUUGGGAUAUCAGCCGUGGCUGUCUUCUGCGUGUUUCUUUCUGGAUGCUUCUUCUCAGUGGAAGUCAUUAAUGCUGCCCAGAUUCUCUCUGCUCACUGAGAGGGUUAUUAAUAGAUCCAUUUGGCAUUGAACCCCUGCACCAGGCAAGAAACACACCCAGAGGUCCGGCUCCUUCUGGCUGUGUUAGCUGAAGUUCACUUCUAAUGGGCUCCCUGGAGGUUCGGCUGCAGGAACCGCAGCCACAAGCUUGUAGCCAUCAUGUGUCGCCACAGACGUCCAUCGGAGGAAUGAAAUGCUUCUAGCGCUUCACUCAAAGCCACCUCUUGGAUGCAGGAAACUGGGGUUUACUAAAACAUUUCCUCAACACUGUGUCACCGAGAUGUUUCAGUCUUUUUUUCUCCCAUUAGUUUGACUAAAAAUUCAGGUUCAAGGGCUUCAAACAAACGGAUAUGAUUUAGCUCUGAUAUGCAAAUAAAGUUUGAACAAAACUUUGAUAGAUUUUAACACCUUUCUAGUUGAAUACUAACUUACUCUUUGACUUCUAAGCCCAACAUUCAUAUCAAUAAUCCACUCGCUCUACAGUCAUGACGUCGAGAAAAACAAAUAAAAUGAUCAACUCCCAAUUUAAAUGGUUGGUGUUGGUUCUUCGUUGUUUUUUUUCAAUGUGUUGAGAUGCAACAAAACACAGAUGCAACCCCAAACUUCCCCAACCGGCUCAGAGCGGUAACUGUGGCGCAAUUUUAUAUCUUUUAUCUUAUAAGGUAUAUCUUUUAUACCUUAAAUAUGAUUGUAUUGUGUCUCAGUUGGAACCUUUGAUUUGAGUAUUCUCUCUGCUCACUGAUAUAUAUAUAUAUA